UGCUACUUUCUAAAAAAAACAAAAAAAAAAACAAUUUCUGGGGAAAUGUUCCCCUCGCUAAAGUCGCUUUGAAUGUCUCCAUCAGUGUAAUCCUUGCGUUUUUGGUAAAGGUUGAUCAGUCGUCUAUAUAGGCUCCUUAUCGUCAAAACAUCGUAGAGUGCAGCGCUGCUCAACCAGCCCCGCGUGCGGCUCAAGAGGAAGCUCGCUUUCGUUUUCUCAAAACGCGAGGAAGUGAUUUCGACGUGGGGGACAACUCUGUCGAGGAGGCCAGAGCAGUUCCAUGGAGUUUUCGGAGCACAUUAAGACGGCCAACGUGGAGGACGUGGUGCUGCGAGAGCGCCAGCGGCCGCCGAGCAGAGGGACGCUGUGCGUCACGGGCCACCACCUGCUGUUCUCGGACAGGGAGGAGGACAGCUCCAGGCAGCUCCUGCUGCUCCUCAGAAACAUUGAUGCCAUUGAGAAAAGUGUGGAAAACCUUUCGGGCUAUUCCGGCUUCUUCUCUAAAGCAGGCCACGGUGAAAGGAUGUCCGGAUCUUCUGGGACAAUAACCAUCAAGUGCAAAGAUAUGCGUGUGAUUCAGUUUGACAUCCCAGGCAUGGAGCAGUGUCUCAACAUUGCACACUCGAUUGAGAUCCUGUCAUGUCUGGAUAACGUGUGCAAGAUGUAUCCUUUCUUUUACAAACCCACCGACUCCAACCUGCCGAAGCAGUGGGGCCUCUCGACCCCUGAAACGCACUACAGUAAAAUGAAGGACCUUCACAAGAAGUGGAGACUAAGCAGCGUGAACAGAGACUACUCAGUGUGCCCCUCCUAUCCUCCAGCUGUUAUUGUUCCAAGCAGCAUUGGCGAUGACGUGUUGAUAAAGGCGGCUAAAUUUAGGCAAGGUGGUCGUUUCCCCGUCCUGUGCUACUACCACAGGAAGAACGGCAUGGUGAUCGUGCGCAGCAGUCAGCCGCUCACAGGAGCCAACAGGAAGCGCUGCAGUGAAGAUGAACUCCUCCUCCAGGCUGUGAUCGAGGGUUCUGACAAAGGCUACAUCAUCGACAUGCGUUCUAGUCAGCAGGCCCAACAGGCCUGGAUGACAGGUGGAGGGUUCGAGUCCAAGUCAUGUUAUGAGCGCUGGAAGAGGCUGCAUCGACACAUGGAAAGGGGUAAGGUUCUUCAGGAAAGUCUGAUCAAACUAGUGGAGGCCUGCUCUGAUGAAUCCCACAACAUGGACCGCUGGCUCAGCAAGCUGGAGAACUCAAAAUGGCUGUCCCACGUUCAGACUGCUCUGUCAACUGCAGGCCUGCUGGCAGAGUGUGUAGAGAGGGACGGUCAUUCAGCUCUAGUUCAUGGUUAUGAGGGGACAGACUGCUCUUUGCUCAUCAGCACUCUGGCUCAACUCAUCGUGGACCCAAGCUGCCGCUCUCUGGAAGGCUUUCUGGCUCUGCUGGAGAGAGAAUGGCUUCAGGGAGGACAUCCGUUUCAGCAGCGAUGUGCACACUCAGCCUUUUCCCACGCACGCCUCCAGCAGGAGUCUCCAGUCUUCCUGCUGCUGCUGGACUCUGUAUGGCAGCUGUGGCGUCAGUUCCCUCUGGCACUGGGUUUCUCUGAGGUCCUGCUGCUGCGAUUGGCCACUGAAGCCUACGCCUCGGAUUACGGCACUUUUCUGUGCAACAACGAUCAGGAGAGGUGUGCUGCAGGAGUGAAGGACAGGACUCAUUGUUUGUUCCAAAGCCUGCUGAAACCCACGGAGAGAGAUUAUUACUCAAACCCUCUAUAUGAGCCCACUGAGCUGGCAAUUUGGCCCUCGGUUCAUCCUCAGUCCCUGCAACUCUGGAAAGGCUUUUUUCUGAGGUGGACCGAGCAGGCUCGACUCCUUGAGGAAGUUCAGGAGGAGAUAAGGAACAUGGUCAUAAAGUGGGGGAAGUUAGCUCUCAGCUGAUACCCUCAAGUUUGUUCAUUUAGAAAAAUAAAAUAACAGUUUAACAUUUAAAAUAAAUGUUAAAAAAAAUGUUGUAUGUUGAUAAAUAUCAUUAUGUGCUCACUAUUUUGUAUUGUACGGUAUUUCUUACUCUUUUAUAUGAAGAAAAAGUUUGUAUUAGAUCAUUUUGAAAAACAUUCAGGACAGAAAAUAUAAUCUUGAAAUGUACCAGAUAGAAGAAAUCAGUUAUUAAAGCUACUAUUUUAGUGUUUAUUCACUUUAUGAAAAAUCCUCUUUUCCUGAAUUUGAGCCACAUAAAUAAACAUGAUUGAAACUAAGCAUUUUGAUCUCUGAAUAUUUGGUUACUUUACAUAGGUGCUUAUUAUAAUUAAUGUGGAGUACUUACUAUCCAAGUGGAGUGUAAAUGUAAUCAAUAGACAAAGGCUAUAUAAGUGACCCACCUCCCCGACCUGUUAAGCUCAGCUAAACACUCUUCACAAUACAAAUCCCUGUGCACAGCAAGUCAGCAUGUUUGCACACGUGAGCCUUUGCAAGCUGGAGGAUGUAGUCCUGCUCAGGCGAGAGCUCUGGACCACUGUGAUCCCACAAAGAACCACAGAGCCCAUCAUGACUCUUCUCACAUGUAUGUUUAUCCGGUGGCUACUGAGUGAACCCAGACGGUGACCAAUCAGAUGAUCAACUUUCCAGUUUUGAGAAGCAGCGGCAUCUAUUGGCUUUGAAUAAAAAAUCCUCUGUACAGGAUUACUCCUCACUCAGGACAUGCAGCCAGGCGUUCGAGUGUGUGUUUCCAACAGGAUGCUGCUGAGCCUGUUCUGCCACGGUCGCCUCGGCAGGACGCUCAAACGGCCCGGUUGCAGCUUUGGGUCUUCAGCCUGGCAGAUGAGCAGGUGGAACAACCAGGACAUCCAGAACCCCGCUCCUCCUCAGGAGAACCCGCGUGUCCUCAUCACAGGUGGACUCGGGCAGUUAGGUGUGGGACUUGCAGAGAUGCUGAG